GCCACUUUAAAAGAAUCAUGGCUACCCCCAUGGCUGUUGGUCGAAACAUUCGCACUGCAGCAAGGAUAUUCGUUGGAAUCUCACAAUCGGGACCACGCUCUUUAAAUGCCUACAGAGGGCAAACACAAUGCACAAUUAUUCGCAGGCUUCCUUUGACGUCGACCGCAUGCAUCCACACUGGAAGGCUCUCUGCAUCAAUCCCGUCUUUGGUGACAGAAACAAAGGAGCCGGAUGUACUUUUCCAGAAGGUGUCUGUGCUGGUGAAGGGCCAUGAGAAGGCCGUCCUGGACAGUUAUGAGUUUUUUGUUUCUUUGGCAGCCAAAGAGCUGGGCAUCACUCUGGGCAAAGUAUUUGAGCCUCCCAAAAAUAUCGAAAAAUUUACACUGCUCAAGUCUGUCCACAUCUUCAAGAAGCACAGAGUCCAAUAUGAGAUGAGGACACACUAUCGGUGUAUUGAGCUGUGUCAUGUGACAGGCUGCACAGCAGAUGUGUAUCUGGAGUACAUCCAGAGGAAUCUACCAGAGGGCGUGGCCAUGGAAGUAACCAAGACCGCCAUGGAAAAGAUUCCUAAACACAUCAUGGAACCAAUGUGGAAGGACCUGACCUCUGAAGAGAAGCCCAGCCAGUAAGAAUGGAGUGAACAGAGUAGCUGUUCAUUCUCUGGAUGCUCUUAGAAGUCAAUAGUCAUCAAACCUCCAACUUUCUUGUAGAGAUCAACAGAAGGUGAUUGUUCUAAACAUGUAUAUUAAUACAUUCUGGUUUUGGACAUCAGAAUUAUAAACACCUCUGCACUCCCCCUAGUGACAGCAUUGGUGAACAAGCAAGAUAACAUGUAAGCUGCAAGGAUCGCAUCCGUCAAAUAUACAAUUACUCAACUUUUUCAGUUGUCUGCUGUUGACUUCAUACCAGAGGUUGCUAACAUGCAGCUUAUUUGAAUAGGUUUAUUGUUUUUCAAGUAUGAUGUGAGACUGAAUUAUGUAAAAAAAAAAAUGUUUGUUAAUAAAGUGUAUAUAUA